UUGGACGAUCCAUCUUUUCCAUAUUAACGUCAAUUUACCCACGCCAGUCAACCUCCCCCUUCCUUGAAAGACAAGAGAUUCUAUACUGCGUCGAGACCGGAGUCGAGACCGCUGUCGUCCCGAGCUGCCUUAUGUGCUAAGAACGACAUAAGAUCUUUCCCUCGAUAUAGUGCCUAGCCUAACAUGACAGUCUCACUUCCACCUCAGUCUAAUUCGUCCAAGGACGCCCAGGCCGCCCGCAAGCGCCGGAGACGGGCCCCCGCCGGAGGAGCUGCCGAUGACUGCUUCACCUGCAUCAAGAGGAAUACCAAGUGCGAUAGGCGGCGGCCGUACUGUUCGCAAUGCCUUGAGAUUGGGAAUGAAUGCUCCGGCUACAAGACUCAACUGACCUGGGGGGUGGGUGUGGCGAGUCGAGGCAAACUUCGGGGGCUCUCGCUGCCCAUAGCAAAAGCGCCGCCAGUUGCGCCAGUUGGGAAGAAGGCCGCGAGCCGGGCCCGAGCAACAAGUUCUGCGACAACCUCAACUCAGUGGAGCGACCCGGAAGAGGGGCGUCACAGGACUCACCGAGACGAUGUCGAUAUCAGCGGAGAUCACACUACAUCUGUCCCUUCAACACCAUAUGGGACCUUUCCGGGGUACUCGAGGUUCCCGCAUGGCGAACCGACGCCGACUUCCCAGAGGGUUUGGGGAGGCCUUCCGACGUACGGCGGCGGUGUGAACGCCAACGAGCAGUCCAGGUAUCAGAAGUUCAGCUCCUCGAUGGGCCACUUCCCCAUAAUGGGUGACUCACUAUCGUCAUCCGUGGACUCGCUAAACGAGGUCGACUAUACCUUAUCACCUAUAGGACAUGCUUAUACUAGAGAGGAGAUCCCCUUCGUACACAGCCCAACCCUCAUGUACGAGAACUACACGGGCCAGAACUCUCCCUCUCCCCAAAGUCCCGCCGGUGCGAUUUUAAUCGAUCAGCGAGCGCCAACUUCGUGCCCUAGCCUAGUUUACGCGCCAUCGGAGCCGAGCUCGAGCCUCAGUUCUCACCCUGACUCCUUCGAGCCGCAGAUGGCCCAUAGACUCGUCGCAGACAACGAUACUCUGAGCGUCCCUGAGAUGGAGUCCUACGGCACCAGCCCGCAUUCCACACAUGGUUCACACUGGGCCUCUUCGAUUUCAAGAGAUGAUGAUGUAACACCUCACGCCGUGGACACCGCUUCGGCCGCCCUGUCUCUCCCGUACGAGAGCCAGUCGAUACAGGUUAGCCCUGAUCUCAUUGCUAAGAUGCCAUUCUUCAUGGACUACUACGAGAACAUUAUGUGCCCGUCCAUGGUUCUUGUAGAUGGGCCGAACAAUCCAUUCCGAGACCACAUCCUACGGCUAGCGUCUGGUAGUCGAAGCCUACAACAUGCCAUAUGUGCCCUUUCCGCGUGCAACCUAAGGAUGAAGAGAAGGCUAAGUCUUGGUCAACGUGCCAGGGACUCAGAAAGCAGCGGCUCUGAGAGACUCUCGGAUAUGCAAUCAGACCACCACUCCUUGUCCGAAGAACACCAGCACCGCAACCUGGCCGUCCAUCUCCUCAACCAACAACUGAACGAUCCCGCUAAAUCAUGCCACGACUCUGUUCUGGCCACUAUAUUACUUCUUUGCCACUACCGCAUGGUCGAAUCUGGCGUUGCAAAGUUCCACACGCAAUUCGCCGGCGUUAAGAAAAUUCUCAGCAUGCGAGGCUCAGCCCCUUAUCAAGGAUCCAGCGACUCCGCGUGGAUGGAAGCUAUUUUCACCUACUUUGACUCAAUAUCGGCCAGCAUCAACGACCGCGAAGCGCAACUUAACCACUCGUUUUACGGACUUCCCCCUGACGCCAAUCUGUUGCCACCCGGAGCCGAGAACUUGGUCGGCUGUGACCGAGAGUUAUUCAAGACCAUCAGCAAACUUGGCCGCCUCAACCUCCUAUCACAACACCUUCCCGUACAGAGCGUCCUGGCAACACCCACUGGUCGCGUCGGAACACCAACAACUUCUUCUCCACUAGGUUCUCCGCUAGGUCACUCCUUCAAGCAGCCCGCCCCAUCGCUAGGAGAUUUUUUUAGCAUAAGUCAUCAUCGCUACGACGGCAACGGCUUUGCAUCGCAACUAGAUGAUGAGGAAAUCCUAUCCACGGGGCUUUGCUCCUCUCCUCAAUACGACGAACACCGCUCAACCUUCUGGCGCGAGUGGAAGGACGCCCGCAUGGCUCUUCAAAGCUGGGAAUUUGACGCUCAGCGAGUAGCCUCGUCUCUCCCUAACUCGGCAACGCAGACGCAAGUUCGCGAACUGCAGUGGCUCUCCGAGGCUUUCCGCUACGCCGCUCUACUUUACACCGAGCGCCUGGCUUCGCCUAAUGUACCUUCCACACACAACAACUUCCGCAACUUAGUGAGCCAGGUCGUCUACUACGCGAGCUCGCUCGAGGCCGGUUGCAACGCCGAGAAAUUCCUGCUCUGGCCGCUCUUCGUAGCUGGCAGCGAAUGUGUGAACGAGCUUCAACAAAAUAUCGUGCGCGGCAAGUGCCGCGAAAUCAUGUCUCGCAGCGGCUACAUGAACAACCUAGCAGCCAUCGAAGUACUAGAAAGACUCUGGGCUGGCGAAUAUUACGAGCCCCCUACUAGUCCCGGGAACAAGCUAGGGAUGAGACGUGGCUGUUUCAACUGGACAAAAUGCAUUGGAGGACCAGGAGUUGAAGUGGAGUGGAUCAUGCGGCAAUCUCGAAAGAGGCGGAAACGGAAAUAUACUGGAUCAUAG